UUCACAUCACCAACACAAUAUCACAUACAUUUUCUAUCUCAUUCAUCCUUAACAUACAAUAUAAACAACUUUAAUUUCUCAACUCAUCAUCAUCAUACUAGCUAGCUAUUUGUGCUUGAUAUUCAUUCCUUAGUUACCAAAAUAACAAUGGAGGGUGUUUUCAACAACAAAAAGUUCAUUCUCGUGUUUGUUUUUAUGCUUGGCUUGUGUAUUGGUAUCACCACAGUGCAUGGCCAAGGUACCCGAGUAGGGUUCUAUUCAAGAACUUGUCCUAGAGCCGAGUCCAUUGUGAGGUCCACGGUUCGAUCCCACGUUAACUCGGAUCCUACUUUGGCCGCUAAAAUUCUUAGAAUGCACUUCCAUGAUUGCUUUGUCCAAGGCUGCGACGGUUCUAUCCUCAUUUCUGGCCCUGCCACCGAGAAAACGGCAUUUGCAAACCUCGGACUUAGAGGGUACGAGAUUAUUGACGAUGCAAAGACACAACUCGAGGCUGCCUGUCCCGGUGUUGUGUCUUGCGCAGAUAUCCUCGCCCUUGCUGCUCGUGACUCCGUCGUUCUGAGUGGUGGAUUGAGUUGGCAAGUGCCAACAGGACGCAGAGAUGGGCGCGUAUCGCAAGCUUCAGACGUAAGCAACUUGCCAGCACCUUCAGACUCGGUUGAUGUUCAGAAACAAAAGUUCGCAGCCAAGGGACUCAACACACAAGACCUUGUUACUCUUGUAGGUGGACACACCAUUGGAACUUCGCAAUGCCAAUUCUUCAGUAACAGAUUGUUCAACUUCAAUGGAACUGCUGCUGCUGACCCUGCCAUUGACCCUUCAUUUGUUUCAAAUCUACAAGCACUGUGCCCUCAAAACACCGGUGCUGCAAACCGUGUUGCACUCGAUACCGGAAGCCAGUUCAAAUUUGAUACGUCUUACUUCUCUAAUCUCAGGAACCGUCGUGGAGUCCUGCAAUCUGAUCAAGCACUAUGGAAUGAUCCUUCCACAAAGAGCUUUGUGCAAAGAUAUUUGGGCCUAAGAGGCUUUCUUGGCUUGACAUUCAAUGUUGAAUUUGGAAAGUCUAUGGUUAAGAUGAGCAACAUUGGGGUCAAGACUGGCACUGAUGGUGAAAUCCGCAAGAUUUGUUCUGCUUUUAACUAAUGAAAUGUUUGUUUAAGUGUAUCAUAGGUAUAUUUGUUAGUCUUAUUGAUUUUUUUUUCUUUGUUUAUUGUUUCUCUAUAAGAGAAUCAAUUUCCAAGUGUAAAAGUUCCAAUAAAUAAUAUCACAUGUUUUUUAUUA